GUAUAUUUAUAUAUUAGAGAUGUGAAAUUCUGUUGGAAAUCAUUUAUCAUCUUCUUUGUUUUAAAGGUUGACCUGUGUGUUCUAUUGUUCCAAUGUACGAGAUGGAAAAUGUAACUGACAUCACUGGCAUAUCAGAUUAUUACAUGUGGGAGCAAGCUUGUGACAAAGAAGAUGUUUCAGCAUUUGCUACUCUUCUUACUACUAUUUUGAAUUCAUUCAUUUUUAUCUUCAGCAUAAUUGGAAAUGGCCUUGUGUUAUGGGUCCUCAUCGCUUAUGAAAAUUUCGAAUCUGUGACAAAUGUUUUCAUCUUUAAUCUGUCCAUUGCAGAUCUGAUUUUAACAUUAUGCCUUCCAUUUUUUAUUGUGUACCACAGACAAGGGUGGAUUUUCGGAGAAGUGGCUUGCAAAACAUUCAAUGCUCUUUUCUCAGUUGGAUUCUACAGUGGAAUUAUUUUCUUGACAUUCAUGACUUAUCAUCGCUACCUUGCAGUCGUGGAUCCGUUGUCUGCACUGAAAACCAGAAGACCUGCUUUUAAAAUAAUGACCAGCGUAAUAGCCUGGUUCCUAAGUAUAAGUGCAUCAGUUCCUGUAAUAAUUUUCCAAGUUGAGACUAAAUAUGCUGGUUUUAACAGAUGUGAGUACAAUGAAAAAAUCCCGGAGUUGGUCAGCAAUUAUCAACAGAAUAUUUUUUUCCUUAUAACCUUUUCUGUCAUCAUCUUUUGUUAUUUUAAUAUAAUAAAGACAUUACUUAAAUCUCAAUCUCAACGAAAUCACAAGCCAGUUAAACUAAUUCUUAUCAUAGUUGUGGUAUAUUUUUUAAGUUGGUCACCGUACAAUAUAAUUAUGCUACUUCACUCUUUAAAUCAGCAAAAUAUUUUUAAUGACUGUGAGUUUAUUAAAAAAAUUGAUUAUGCAAAAUAUGUUAGUGAAAAAAUAGCAAUGUCUCAUUGUUGUUUAAAUCCUAUAUUGUAUGCCUUUGUUGGGAUCAAAUUUAGAAGACAUUUAAAAAACUUACUAAAGUGUUGCUGUCGAUGUAAACAUGAUGCACUUUCUACUGUUAGACAUAGUUCACAAUACCACUGUCAUAAUGAAGAUGGCUCUCUAUAUUGAUAGCCUUUGUCAGUUGGCUGUUACUGUAUAUUUCUAAAGAUUCCCAAGACAUUUUUGUUUACCCUGCUGCAUGAAGCCUUUUAUCAUACUUGUCUUUUCCUUCAUUUUUGUU